AUACUUUAUAGAAUUUUAGUUGUAGCAAACCUGUGGCUACAUUUUAGAGUAACUCGGGACAGUACAAGGAAUACAAAACUAUUUUCUGACUAUGAUGGACGAGGUGGCAGCAUUCAAGCUAAUUCUUCUUGGAGACGGAGGAACUGGUAAGACUACUUUUGUGAAGCGGCACCUGACCGGAGAAUUUGAGAAGAAAUAUGAGGCUACGUUGGGCGUUGAAGUGCAUCCAAUAUUUUUUCACACCACCAGAGGAUUGUUUCGCAUAAAUAUUUGGGAUACCGCCGGUCAGGAGAAGUUCGGAGGUCUGAGUGAAGGGUACUGUGUAAAGGGUCAGUGCGCCAUUUUAAUGUUCGAUGUGACCUCGCGGACUACGUACAAUAAUGUGCCCUUUUGGUAUCAAGAUGUGGAGAGAGUUUGCGGGAACAUUCCGAUGGUGCUGUGCGGCAACAAGGUGGAUGUUAGAGACCGCAAGGUGAGGGCCAAACAGGUCACUUUCCACCUAAAGAAGAACCUACCUUUCAUCGAAAUCUCGGCCAAGUCGAAUUAUAAUUACGAGAAGCCCUUUGUCUAUCUUCUGCGUGAGCUGACUGGAGAUCCCCAGUUGGAAUUGGUAAGGCAACCCGCUUUGCAGCCUCCUGAGGUUAUCUUCACCGACGAGCAACGGAUCCAAAUGGAGCAGGAGCUAGAAGCGGCCAAGUAUCUCCAAUUUCCAUCAGAAGAGGACUAUGAGUUAUAGAUGCCUUCUUUUUAUUGUUUCUAAAUUCGUUCGGGCUACGAUUUUCUAUUCUGGCAAAUUAAGCGUUGUUAUUCGUAAGCCCUUUCGUCUUCGGAUGUACAGAGAAUGCCUUUCUCAGCUAUCACAAUCGUGGGGGAGAGACCGAGAAUCGGUAGACUGAAUUCCGCCUAAUUCGUAUUUUUUUAAAAAAUAUUUUACGGCAAAACUGAUUUUAA